CAAAAUAGAAGAUACAUGCCCACGAACUGUAACCUCCCAUAGCCUAAACAAUCUCCUUUGCAGAAGCCACCAGAAACUUCAUGCGAAAAUCUUAGCUCAGACAAUCUUAAAAUAGACACCUGUCGUCGUCGUGACAGCUGUCGUGUUCAUUCUCCGUCCAAACAUCAACAUUGGGUCGUUGCAAGACUGCAGCGCCUUCCAGCAAACAACAAAUGCGUGCAAAGGAAUCGAGCUCCAUGUCGACUGACAAGUUGACGACCAGACGAUUGUAUACAUUUGUUUAAGAAAAAAAAGUGUUUGGCUGCUUGCGGAGUGACGUGAUUGCACAAUCGCACACAUGGACCACCCGGGAAUACCCGUCGCCCAGGCCACAGUACUGACCCUGUCGCCCUCUGCUCAACCAAACAGAUGGACUGUGCUGGACUCCCUUGUCUGUGGGGCUGUUGCUGGGGCUGUUGCCAAAACAGCCAUUGCGCCUUUGGAUCGCACCAAGAUCAUCUUUCAAGUGUCCUCAAACAGAUUCUCAGCUAAGGAGGCCCUCCGUCUGCUGUACUGUACCUACCUGAAGGACGGCUUCCUCAGCCUCUGGAGGGGGAACUCGGCCACCAUGGUGCGGGUAAUCCCCUACGCCGCCAUCCAGUUCUGCUCCCACGACCAGUACAAGAGCAUACUGGGAGCCCACUACGGCUUCCAGGGGAAAGCCCUGCCCCCCCUCCCCCGCUUCCUUGCGGGCUCCCUGGCUGGCACCACCGCCACUAUGCUCACCUACCCGCUGGACAUGGUACGGGCCAGGAUGGCCGUCACGGCCAGAGAAAUGUACAGCAACAUCCUGCACGUGUUUGUGCGGAUCUCCCAGGAGGAGGGCCUGAGGACGCUCUACCGCGGCUUCAUCCCCACCAUCCUGGGGGUCAUCCCCUACGCAGGCAUCACCUUCUUCACCUACGAGAGCCUCAAGAAGCUGCACACGGAGAAGACGAGGCGUGCCCAGCCCUACCCCCACGAGCGGCUGGCCUUCGGGGCGUGCGCGGGCAUGAUCGGCCAGUCGGCGUCCUACCCGUUGGACGUGGUCCGCCGGCGCAUGCAGACGGCCGGGGUCACCGGGGGCGCCUGCUACGGCACCGUGCUGGGCACCCUGCGCCACAUCGUCACUACGGAGGGCGUGGUCCGCGGCCUCUACAAGGGCCUGAGCAUGAACUGGGUCAAGGGCCCCAUCGCCGUGGGCGUGAGCUUCAGCACGUUCGACCUCGCGCACGACAUGCUGAGCAGGUUUCGUCGGGCCGGGCACUUCCCUCACUGAACCAGCAGGGGGCAGCAGAGUAGUUCUGAACUCGCCGACGCAUGUUACGUGAUGCGGGAGGUAUGCCACAUCAUGCAUGGCACAACAACGUGUGCCAGCUCACCGCAGGCUGGUGGCAAUGCGCACUCUUAUUUUGGUCCACCAAUGGGUGGGGCGGUGUCCAGAGUUGGUUGCACAUGCACACGCGCUCACGCAAUGCACAUAGGGCUUCUGAUAAGGCUUAGGAAAUCACACAGUGCGAAAACACACUUAAGUUGAUGCUCUUCAGAGACAAUUGUGUGGUGAAAACCAAUUCAGAGUGGCAACACAAUGUUAAUGGUUAGCAAGGCUGCUUUUAAGAGCCAUGCUUUUUUACCUGUAAGACAUACAUGGAUCCUGUUUGUUUAUUUUAACUCCUUUUAUGUGUGUGUGUGUGUGUGUGUGUGUGUGUGUGUGUGUGUGUGUGUGUUUUAUUGUUUGAGUCACAUCAUUUGUAAUUUAUUGUUUUUUUUUAAUUAAUAUUUUAUUGUGUUAAACACAAGUGCGUACGAACAUGGCCUUGUAUAAUUUGAGCAUAUGGAUCAAACUAAUCAUGAUUUAAGCUUAAGUUGUUGCACACUAUAAACUGAGGAGCCAAACAAUUUCUUUGAAUGGUGGAAAUCUAGACGUGUAGUCUAGUAAGACUACACCCCCUUUUGAUACAGUGGGGCACAGUGGAAUGUUUUGUUGGUGGGUGAUUGUGCAAGCAGGCCUGUGCAGUUUCCCUGCCAAGUGUUAAGCACUGAAGGAAGGGUUUCAGUAGUUUCUAUGCCCUUAUCCCUGGAGGCAGUAUAGGUUGAAUGGAAAGGUUUAGCCAAGAGAUUAUUGGGAAAAGGAAAAUGUGCAAUAUGUUACUUAUAUUCUAACCUCUUCUUCAUAUUGUCAAGAUUAUGUUGGGGACAUGUCGUAGUCUGCCAAAGCCCUUAUCUCUCUUUAUGUUACAGUGUAUGGAAAUAGUCAUUAUUCAUAGGUUCAUUGUCAUCCCACUUGGAUGAGUGCAAUAUUCUAAAUGUAUAUAUAUAUAUAUAUUGAAAUGCUCUGAUGUUUUAAGGAAAAAUCCCUCCUUGCAAUAAUAAAGAUGUUUUAUCACU